CAUCCGCUCCCUAUAAACCCCACCUCCACUCUCUUGUUCAUCCCUUGCUCCAAUUUUCAUAUCCCCAUUCAUACCAAUGACGAUAUUUUCUCAUAUUUCUUUCUUCGUUAUUCUCUUAAUUUUCGUCGGAAACAUCAAUUCCCGAUCAGCCACCGCAAGGAUUCCGAUUACGUCAUAUUCCAGGGAUCAAGUGUCGUGUAAUAUGUGUGACGAAUGCGACAACCCUUGUCAACCGGCUCCCUCGCCACCACCACCUUCUCCUCCUUUACCAUCACCACCGCCACCAAUACAAUCACCCUCCACCGACAAUAACUGCCCACCACCACCAUCCCCACCAAGCUCCGGCGGCAAUUCUCCUCCCGCCACACCCUCUGUUCCUACGUUCCCUUAUUACCCCCCUCCAUCACCUACUUCCGGUGGUGGCUAUGGCUACUCAACUCCGCCGCCCCCCAAUCCAAUUCUACCUUAUUUCCCGUUUUACUAUUAUAAUCCACCGCCUCCUCGCCAAAAUUCAGUCUCCGAUCGGUUAAAAACAAACCCAGUUCACAUCCUCCUCCCUCUUUCAUUUCUCCUUUUCUUCUUCGGUUAAAUCGAAGUAUUCCUAUUGAUUUCCUAAUCUUAUUUCUGAUUUUUUUUCUGUAUGAUCAUCGAACAACUGAAGAAGAACUUCUUCCUCGAAGAUCAACAAAAUUGAAGAAUCAGUAACCUCUAGCUCACGAAAUUCUUCUGUAAUUUGUUUGAUUAUUCUUAGAUUUACUACCUAAAGCAAUAACGAGAGCAAAUUUUUCGCUAACUCAUUGAUAAACAAUUGUCGAUUUAAACUUGAAUCUGUGUUCACCAUGGAUGUUCGUCAUUUAGAGUACAUUUCCGUCUUGUUUUGCUGUUACAAUCACUCGAAUAUGUGUUUGCGUAAUGUAUUAUUUAAUUAAACUAAUUCGUUCA